AUGAGUUCAUCGAACGGAAGUGUACCGCCUGGUUUCCGAUUUCACCCAACCGAUGAAGAACUUCUUCAUUACUACUUGAAGAAGAAGAUUUCUUAUGAAAAGUUCGAGAUGGAAGUCAUCAAGGAGGUUGAUUUGAACAAGAUUGAGCCGUGGGAUUUGCAAGAUAGAUGCAGAAUAGGAUCAACACCGCAAAACGAGUGGUAUUUCUUCAGCCACAAGGAUAGGAAAUAUCCGACAGGGUCAAGAACGAAUCGUGCGACUAACUCAGGGUUUUGGAAAGCAACGGGACGUGACAAGAUCAUAAGAAACUGUUACAAGAAGAUAGGCAUGAGGAAGACUCUUGUCUUCUACAAAGGAAGAGCUCCUCAUGGCCAAAAGACAGAUUGGAUCAUGCACGAAUAUCGUCUUGAAGAUAAUGACGAUGACCCUAGUGAAGAUGGAUGGGUUGUUUGUAGAGUGUUCAAGAAGAAAAAUCUAUUCAAAGUAGAGAACGGUGUUGGCUCAAACGUCAACAAUAAUAGGCUUGAAGCUCGUAGUUUCAAAAGCCCGUAUAACCAUGGGAUCACAACUUUUGAGCUUAACAAGCCAGCAGAGAUCGGUCUGAACCAAUACCAACCACCAAUGUUUCAGUCUCAAGCUAUAUUGAAUUCUUCUUCUCAUCACAAGCCUAUUUCAAUUGGCUAUGACUACUCGUUGGCUCUUCUUCCAAGGGAAAGCGAGAGCGAGGGAAUACAAUACCAGCAAGCGUGCGAGCCAACAGGGGUCGAGGUUGGCGCUUGCAAAGCAGUAGGUGAAUGGGGAAUGGUGACUUGUCACAUGGGGAAUCAUGAGGAUUCCUCUAGAGCGAUGAGGUUUGAAGAUAACAACAAUUCGUCCUCGGUCCAGCCACCUUCGAAUCUGCUUUCUUUGCGCGGUGAAAAUGGAUUUCUUGGGUUAUUCUAA